AUGAAUGGGCACACAAGUAUCCCCCAGCGGCUCACCCAAGAGUCUUCCAUCUCGCUAGACGAGUUUAAGCAAAUCUGCUCUCAGUCCAUCGAUGCCUCAACCUACCCACUGGCCUGCGCCGUCGAGCACAAUGUCCCAAUAUACGACAUCGCCGCACUCGACACACCACAACUAACAGCCGAAACAAUCUCCCACCUCCAAGAUGAAUGGCACCACAUCCUCCGCACCGGACCAGGCGUCUUCGUGCUACGAGGAAUGUACACACCUACCAAAUACGCCUCCAUCCUCUCCGCCACAAACGACGCCUUCGACCGCAUCAUCGCCCGCGAACGAGCCUCAAACCCCUCCAAGGGCGACCACUUCGCCGCCAGCGGCACCAACGACCGCAUCUGGAACGCCUUCUCCAAGCACGCCCUCGAAGACCCCGCCUCCUUCACAAGUUACUACGCCAACCCCUGGCUAGCCACAGUCUGCACGUCCUGGCUCGGCCCAGCCUACCGCAUCACCGCACAAGUCAACGCCGUCCACCCCGGCGGCGCCGCACAAGAAGCCCACCGCGAUUACCACCUCGGCUUCAUGGAUGCCGACGCCUGCGCAGGCUUCCCCGCCGCAACCCAACUAACCUCGCAAUUCCUGACUCUGCAAGGCGCCGUCGCCCAUACCGAUAUGCCCCUCGCCUCCGGGCCUACGCGCUUCUUACCCUUCAGCCACACCUUUGCCCCCGGGUACCUGGCCUGGCGUCGACCCGAGUUCCGCGCCUUCUUCCAGGACAAGUACACGGCGUUACCGCUGUCGCUGGGCGACGGGGUAUUUUUCAAUCCGGCGCUUUUCCACGCCGCGGGCGCGAAUGUCAUGGAUCCGGAUGGUGGGGGGUUCCGCCGCGUUGCGAAUCUGUUGCAGGUUAGUAGUGCGUUUGGGAAGACGAUGGAGAGUGUGGAUGCGAUUCCGCUCGUGGAGCGGUGUUGGGAUCUUCUAGUGGCACGGUAUCAGGCCGCGGGGAAGACGAUUGCGGAUGGUGGUUUGGAUCCUAAGUGUUGGGGGGAAGAGGCGAGAGGUGUGAGGGCUUUGGUUCAGGCGUUGGCGGAGGGUUAUCCGUUUCCGACGAAUUUGGAUCGUAGGCCGCCUGCGCCGGGGAGGAUGGCGCCGGAGUCUGAGCAGGAUGUUUUGGUGAGGGGGUUGGAGGGGGGUGGGCGGUGGUGGAGAUUGUGCGGGCGUUGGAGGAGAUGA